GUGGUGCUGUCGCUGUGGAAAGAUGCGAUCAGCGAAGAGCAAGAGGCUUUUCCUUAAUUGCUCAUUUCAGUAACAGAGGCAAAACAACCCCGAAACCAACCCUCUUGUGGUCUCGCCUGUUUCAGCGAGAAGCUCCGCGUAUCCACCGCAGCGUUUACCCCAAGAAACAUCCAUGUUGUAAGCGGACAACGCAGACUUUACCCGGCGGUUUCGGCUCGAGCUCCAGUAUGUCCAAGCGGCGCUCGUCGGAGAGGGGGGCUGGAGAUGCAUCAGGCAGGGCCAGCAAGCUUCAAUGUCCCGGGAUAUCCGGCAGUAACGCCAAGAGAGCCGGGCCCUUCAUCCUUGGGCCUCGCCUGGGCAACUCACCCGUGCCCAGCAUAGUGCAAUGUCUGGCCAGAAAGGACGGCACCGAUGACUUCUAUCAGCUCAAAAUCCUUACGCUGGAGGAGCGAGUGGACUCUGCAGGGGAGACUCAGGAGGAGAGGCAGGGGAAGAUGCUGCUGCACACAGAGUACUCCCUCCUCUCUCUGCUGCACAACCAGGAUGGCGUGGUCCACCACCACGGCCUCUUUCAGGAUCGCGCCUACGAAAUAGUGGAGGACAUGGAGGCCAACAAGGUGCGCAAGAUGAAGAAGCGGAUCUGUCUCGUGCUUGACUGCCUGUGUGCUCAUGACUUCAGCGACAAGACGGCAGAUCUAAUAAACCUCCAGCAUUACGUUAUAAAGGAGAAGAGACUAAGCGAGCGUGAAGCCAUCAUUAUUUUCUACGAUGUGGUGCGUGUGGUGGACGCCCUUCAUAAGAAAAACAUUGUACACAGAGACCUCAAGCUGGGAAACAUGGUGCUGAACAAACGGACUCACCGAAUCACCAUCACCAACUUCUGCCUGGGAAAGCACCUGGUGAGCGAGGACGACCUGCUGAAAGACCAGAGAGGAAGUCCAGCCUACAUCAGCCCUGAUGUAUUAAGUGGUCGGCCGUACCGCGGUAAACCCAGUGACAUGUGGGCUCUUGGCGUGGUCCUGUUCACCAUGCUGUACGGCCAGUUCCCCUUUUAUGACAGCAUACCUCAAGAGCUCUUCCGCAAGAUCAAGGCGGCCGAGUACUCCAUCCCAGAGGACGGCCGUGUGUCGGAGAACACGGUGUGCCUGAUCCGAAAGCUGCUGGUGUUGGACCCUCAGCAGAGGCUGACUGCAGGAGAGGUGCUGGAGUCUCUCAGUGGCAUCAUUGCCUCAUGGCAGUCGGUUUCAUCGUUGAGUGGCCCUCUGCAGGUGGUGCCGGAUAUUGACGAUCAGAUCAAUCACCCAGAACUUCUGCAGGAGGCCAAGGUGAUAGAAGAGUCUUCACAGUACGAGUUUGAGAACUACAUGCGCCAGCAGCUGCUCUUGGCUGAAGAGAAGAACACUAUCCACGAGGCCAAAAGCUUUCUCACCAAGCGCCAGUUUGGCAGCAUCCCACCUGUAAGGCGUCUGGGCCACGACGCACAGCCUGUCAGCCCGCUGGAUGCUGCCAUCCUGGCACAACGUUUCCUCCGGAAGUAGUCCCCCAAACCACCCAUGGCAGCCCCUCCCACACCCCCCUUGACCUCCCCAGGGAGUACAGAGACCUGUGGAGUCCAGAGAGGACUGAGGAGGAUAAGCCCCCCCAAAACUGAACUUGCAUACAGGAGGCCCAGCCCGAACCAGGGAACAGGCAGCCCCCAUUCGUAGGUGGGCUUUUGUGCAAGCUAGGUGGAGCAGGAGUGCGAGUUGGGCGCCAGAACAAACUGCCAAUUUCAAACUUCACUCCUCGAAUCUGAAGCCUCCAGCAAAACAUGGAAUGGCCAGGAGGAAGAUCUGAACCAAAGGUUCCUUUGCCCUCAGGUCACCCACAGUCAGAUCUCACUGUGCAACCAACCCGACGGCACCGUCCCACGUGUGGCUAACACAAGGCUCCGCCUGCAGUGUUGAAGAGAUGUUAAACCCCAUAUCCCUCCUCCUUUGAGAUCUCCCUACUGUAACACUCCCCCCCCCCCCCAUCAACUCUGGAUCCCCUGAGCAACACAGGGCCAGAAUCAUGUAGCAACCCCCCCUCUUCCUAGUGGUUAAUGGUAUUGCCUCAAGUCGGAUCGCCUGAUCACAGAUGUCACUUCUCUAUACCUCCAUUCCACCCUCCUCCUCCUCCUCUCACUCGUUCCUCUGCCUCUCUAUUGUUUACUGUACCGAAAAUGAUCGAGACUGGUCCCCGUCUGUAACUCUGACUUCAAAUCAAUCUACCUCUCUGUCUCUCUUGUCUGUUGGUAAACCAUGCUCACUGUUCUGAGACAAGGGAUUGUAACAAUGGAGUCUUGAUGCCACCAGUGACAUAAAGCAUUAAUGUUUUCUGUCGGAGUGAUAAUGCUUUGAAACCUUUUUUCAGUGGUUUCAAAGAAAAUCUGAAUAAGCUUUUUAUCAUAUUAACCUUAAUAAGUAGCAUUUCAUCCCUACCUUUUUGGAUUGAAGAUAAUGAAUAUCAAAGAAUGUGUCCAUGCAUCCUUUUGAUAUUUGGUCUCCUGCUUUUGCUCAUCCCUGUGGAAAUCUAUUUUAGCAUCUAGGCAGCUAGUGUGUGGUACCUGGAAGUCACGAUGCCAAUAACUGAAUGGGAAACCCUGUUGGAUCCUCCCUGCCAAGGCAUAUUGAUGGUAACGCUUCCUCAGUGCCAUUAUAGUGGAGAUCUAAGCACUGUCAUGUUUCUAUUGCCAAAAAUCAUGUCUUAAAGUAACUUAGCCAAGGAAACUGGUACCCACAGCCUCAUUCAGAAUCAAAUGGCUUCCAGGUAUUCCAACUUCCCAGUUUCUCUUUAUCAAGAAAGAUAAUGAGAAGUGUUUUUGUUUUUUCUUCAGUAUGAAUGUGAACUAUCACUCUAUGCUUUGAGGCUGUGGAGCUGUUCACCUCUCACAGCCACAGACCCUUUUUAAGCUAACCUCCAAUCAUCGCGUUCUGUUAUCUGGCCUGCCUCGGUGGCAGACACUGUGAAAACCAGAGCAGGCUUUGCUGAGACGGGGCUUGACUGAAUGUUUUACCGAUUGCCAUGAAUACUCUUUUUAAGAUGGAAACCUUUCACAUUCUAUUGCCAUUUCUCAAGCCUUCUCUCCAGCUCAACUUGUACAUGCUUGUAUUAUCUCACCACGUGGGCUCUCUAUACAGAGAGACCAGGUGGUGGCCGGUAAUUGAUACUGUAAUAUUUCAUAGAGAAAUGAAAAUGCAGACUCUGAUUUUAAGUUUAGUUCUUGGGGCUUCUUGGCUAUUGAUGCAUCUUGUCUUUUAUCCAAGGGGUUUCUUCAAAGCUACCAACCAGUGACUGUUGGGCAUCUGUACAUUGCAACUUGCCUUUUGCGUAUUGGUACCUGCUUUAGGCUAUCUAGACUUCUUCCUAUUUAUAACUGAUUGCAUGAACAUAGGCUCUGAAAUAUUUUCAAAUGUCUUUACUUAUUAUUUUUUUCCUUGUGAUUUCAUGUUGAUUUAUUUAUUCUCUUGUGUAGACCGCCCAUCCCCCGAAUACUCGGCGCAACUUAUGCCAGUGUGACGGGUCCCUAAGCCUCUCUGCUCUCUCAGCUUUAAGCAGUGUUGUUAAGUCAAACAGUGGUUCUCAUUUUGAUCCUUUUCAGCCACGUUCACGAAAGAGUAGCAUCUAAUUUUUGUGUUUUUUUGAUUCCUCAAUCUUUUUUCUUGCCAUUUUUAAGUCUGUGGUCAACUUAAGCUACACUAAUAACAAGACUGACUUUGCAUAGUUAUAUUUUUUACAGAAAACAAAAAUGAUACUCGCACAUUAUCUUGAUUUAUAGGAGGGUGUUUGUGUGUGGGGGUUUUUUUUUUUUUUUUUUUUUUUUUUGUUUUGUUUUUUCUUCCCUCCAUCAUUUCCCCCAAACAUCCCCACAUGAGGCUGCACUCUCUGGUCAGUAUGUAAAUAUGUACCAUCAUGAAUGCGCCAGUCAUAUUGUAUGUAGUUCCACCCAGUGAGACACCAACUCUUGUUUCAACACUUGCCGAUUGCCGUGCAUUAUGGGCCACGUUGGCCAUCAACCACCACACCCAGAAGCUAAAAUGACAUGUAAAGAGAGCUGUCGGCUCUCUCCCACCUCAAUGUGAAUUCCAUGGGUGUACAGCAGUAUUGUAGUAGUUUAGGUUGUUCAUCAGAAAACACGGGUGUUUCAUGAACACCGUAGCCAUCGCUGAAUGCUGAUCUGUCUGUGGAAAGUGUUUUACGCAAAUCUUCCAUGAUGCCCAACUACAGAUUAGUAACUAAAGGUUCAAUGGACCCUUAAUGUAGACGUUAUUUUGUCCCCGCCCCUAAUCAAAAAAAGUGUUUCACUUUCUAGUUAGUGGAUUGUACCACGUUCAAUGUUUUUGUUUGACGGAGUUGUAUUGGUAGAAUGCAACGUGGACUGAAAAGUAUGGAUAUAGUGUGAGGUUCAACUCUGUGUCAAACGCGUGACUGUUGCAUGAUUUUAAACUCGCAGAGUGUGCCGGAGCAACUGAUUGAAAAUGUGCAAAUAAUUUACUCUACAAAGCAAUGUAGAUGAACUCCUGAAUUGAAGCAGUAAAAUGUUAUUCAUUUUCCAAAUUUCAGUUUUUAUGAUGAUUUUCACUCUGCUUCUAAAGUCCUAUGUCUGCAGUAUGUAACUGAUGUAUUGCUGACUGUUUCAACUGGAAACUUAGGAUAGUAGUUGUAAGAUAAGAACCGCGGUGUGGUUUAAACCCAAUGGGAUAUGUGUUGUAAGCUGCUUGGUCGGACAUGGGCAUCUAGAUACGGAAAACUGCGUAAUUGUACAGAUGAAAAACACGUUUGUAUAAAAAAAAAAACAUAUUUUUCUACUUCAUCAGAAUUCUACAUGCAUGUCAGCAAUAAACUUUGAUAUGGAAACAUU